GCUCCGGCGCUGUGAUCGCGAUGGAGGGGCCGGCGGUGGCAAAGGGGCCGCCGCCGCCGCCGCAGAAGCGCUUCUACCGGCAGAGAGCGCAUUCCAACCCUCUGGCGGAUCACACGCUGCGCUAGUGAGUGCGGGCGGGAUAGGCAAACAGCAACAACCCCGCGAUCGCCCCGAUUCCGGGGUCCCACCCUCGCCGCCCGUUUCCUUAGGCUCCCCACGGGCUCAUAGAGACGUCUAUCCGCUUUGCCGGGCGCACCCCCGACCCUACCGUGCUGACGUGUUUUGCUGUUGAAUUCCCUGGGGCUCCCUUCUGAGUGAGCCUACCGUGUCGAAAUUCGCACAUCUCGCCCCUUGACUCAGGGAAUAUGGACCCCAUAUCCUGCCAAGCCUGAAGAAAUGGACUGGUCAGAGAUCUACCCGGAGUUUUCCCCCCCUUUAACUGCAGACGAUCAACAUGAUGACCUGAAGGAUGCAGAAGAGAGAACUAAGCCUGCGUCUCAAGUAGAGUUUGCUGAUAUCGGCUGCGGUUAUGGGGGCUUGCUUGUUGCGCUGUCUCCCCUGUUUCCCAAGACUUUAAUGCUGGGUCUGGAAAUCCGAGUGAAGGUCUCCGAUUACGUGCGGGACAGGAUCCAGUCUCUGAGAGCAUCUCACCCCGGGCAGUUCCAGAACAUUGGCUGCAUCCGCAGCAAUGCUAUGAAACACCUGCCCAACUUUUUCCGCAAGGGGCAACUGCGCAAAAUGUUUUUCCUCUUCCCCGAUCCUCAUUUCAAGAAGACGAAGCACAAAUGGAGGAUUAUCAGCACCACUUUGCUGGCAGAAUAUGCCUACGUUCUGCGUGAGGAGGGGCUCGUCUACACCAUCACGGACGUGGAAGAGGUGCACAGGUGGAUGGUGAAGCAUUUCCAGGAACACCCACUUUUUGAGCAGGUGUCCUUGAAAGAACUGGUGAAUGAUCCUAUUGUCGGACUCCUGGACACCUCAACUGAGGAAGGGAAGAAGGUCCAGAGGAACGGAGGGAAGACCUUCCCGGCUGUCUUCCGGCGCAUCAGGGACACCACACAGGAACAGGAAGGGGCAGGAUCAUGACCGGGGGAUUUCCUGGGGCCUGAGAAAAUUCACGUCGUCCCAACUCAUGUGUCGAAAGGGAGGUGUUGGGGGCAGGGAUUGCAUCAAGCAUGGGACGGACUCAACGCCUCUGGUCACGCUGGGGUCAGCCUUCUAUUAAUAUUAACACAGCUGGGGAUUCCCCUUCUGGGGUAACUCGGCUGAACAGUUGAGUAAGGGAUUGCCUGGUUUGUUUGCUUCUUGUUUUGCCCGUAGAAGGACCCUGGUGCCUUGUCCCAGCUGUACUGGGGUAAGCAUCAGCCCCACGUAGCAGGAUGAGUGAUCCCUGGAGGUUGCCUCCCACUCCAUUGAACCAUUGAUCACUUUCAUUUUGUGAAUGAAUAAUAAACAGGAAGAAAGAACUAUCAGACUCUAUGAGUUGUCAGGCCCAGCCUAGCUGCUGAGCGACAGCAAGAGCUGCCCUUGGUUGGGCUCAGCCCUCAGCUCCCCAUCCCCUUGCUAUGAAGAGAUCAGCUGGGCUAAGGCACCUAACCCCCAGUGCAGAGAGCCUAAGAUGGGAGGGGUUCUGAAGCUUGUCAAUCGCCUCUUUGGUCUUCUUGCAAGAACCAUUCCUUCACUAAUAGCCUAGAUUGUAGGGAAAUGACCGUAGUUGUUACCCAUGUGAGUAGGAUAGCUUCUGCACACUCAGCUUCUGUAUCUUCCACCCAGGUGAGCAAGAAUCAUGACCAGAGUUCACUUUCCAGCCAGGCAAAGACACUCGAGGAGGUUGUGGAGCAAAGACUGUGGAGGCUGGGAGAGUUCCCAUGAGCCAGACAUAGAGGUACAGAGAGCUGCAUUUGGCCACUGGGCCAAGUGGUUCCCUACCUCUGCAUUUAGCUUAUAGGGAGCAUGUCAUUGCAAAGGUACACUAGGAUAUGCCUCUGCCAUGCAUUAAUAAUUCACCCAAAGAGAAGUGUAACCUAUAAAUUAGGCAAUAUUUCUCAACUUACAAGUGAGGUGGCAGGAUUCCCACCACUGGAAAUCCUAAGCAGCUCCCAUGGAUUUUGCAGGUUUGUUAAAGAACCCAAACCAUUUCAAGCUAGCAUCCAUAAGGGCCAGGAACUUGUUUUUGAAAGAAUCAAAACCCAGGGUGCUCAAGCUACCGUGGAAUUGGGAUGAAUCUUUCCCCAAGGUUCCUUUCUCUCGGUAAAUACAUCGUUUCCUACGGUGCAUAAAAAGAUCCCUAGGUAUGGAACCUUUGCCAUGGUGUGCUAAUGAGUCAUCGCCAAUGGGUAAUGCAAGGUGGAUAGGCUGUGCACAUUCACAUUCCAAACUUCAGAGUUGCAUAAGUUAA